AUGGCAAGGCUCACUGACGAUGCCGACUACGAUGCCGGCGAAACUUCUGGGGAAGCCUCUGUUGACAGUUUGAUUAGACUUUGUCAUCUGGAUCCCAGCCUCGUGUGGACCUCUCUUGUGGAACACGGCGAGCCUCCAUCCGGCCAUAGUAAUCCUCCUGAGGGCCUUUACUCUUUCCAAGUUUGUCCAGCUAUACGUUGA